UUCCCGUUCAAAAUGGAGGAUGUAAAUUAAAGUUUCAUUUGAAAAUUAUGAAAUGAAGAGCUUUGAACAGUAUUAACGAUGCUUAACAGGUUUAAGAGUGUCGUUUCGAAUGUAAUGGGAGGUCUGCCAGCAAUACCACACCAAACUGAAAUACCAGAAGACCCAAAUUCACUGCAAGUUAAGUUUCAUUACAAUCGACCUGAUUUUCUAUUUUUGACAAGUGACGAAGUAGAGUUGACAGCAGACCACAUAUCCAGACCAAUACUUGUACCCAGAUGUGUGAAUAAGUUACCAUGGAAAGCUGGAUAUGCAGAGGUAAUAAAUGCUGGCAAGAGCAAGUCAAAUGAGGACCAAGCAACUGCUAUGCACUUCCAUAUAAUGGCACACAUGACAGAAACACUGCUGAAUAAGACAGAUAAUCAGGUGGAGAUGACUGACAUGGCAAACACUGGGGGUGAGUUUGAUAAUAGUCUAGAGUACACAUAUUUUGCAAUAUUUGAUGGCCAUGCUGGUACUGGUGCUGCAUUGAUGGCUUCUAAUACUCUGCACAAGCACAUACAGGAGAGACUGUUGGAGGUGAAAGAUCUGCUCUUAUGUUCAAAUGAAGACAAGAUGAAUGAUAUACUGAAGAAGAGGAACAUGUCAGCUAAUGUCAAUCUUCCAACAAAGAGGAUCACCAAAGACUCUUUAGUCAAGGGGGCUUUAGAAACAGCUUUCUGUGAUAUGGAUGAACAAAUAGCAAGAGAGCGAACCACAUUCAGGAUAAAAGGUGGUUGCACUGCCCUUGUAGCCUUAUUCUUUGGAGCUAAACUCUAUGUGGCCAAUGCAGGGGACUGCAGAGCUGUCAUCUACAGGGGGGAAGAGAUUAUCCCUAUGUCAACAGACUUUACUCCUGUAAGUGAAAGAAAGCGAAUAGCCUACCUGGGUUACCUUCAGCCUGAGUUACUCCACAAUGAGUUCACCCACCUUGAGUUCCAGAAGAGAGUACAUAGACGAGAUAUUGGCAAAAAGAUAUUAUGUAGGGAUGCCCUUAUGGAUGGAUGGUUCUAUAAGACAGUAGAGGAGCAAGAUUUAAAAUAUCCUCUCAUCUAUGGAGAAGGAAAGAGGACUCGGGUAUUAGCAACCAUAGGUGUCACUAGGGGAUUUGGGGACCAUGAUUUAAAGGUCCAUUCAUCUGAUAUUCACAUCAAACCUUUUCUGUCUCCUGUUCCUGAGGUCCAAGUGUAUGACAUGACAUCUUGUGAGCACACAGAAGAUGACAUCCUGGUGAUGGGCUCUGAUGGUUUAUGGGAUGUCAUGACCAAUCAAGACACAGGUAGAAUAGUGCGGGAGGAUCUUCGCAAAUUCAGUCAGAAUGAAGACAGUCGUUACACUUCAGCAGCUCAGGAAUUAGUCUCAAAAGCACGAGGUCACUUACACCCCAAAGGACGUGGUUGGCGCAUGGAAAAUGACCGACCUUCAUCAGGUGAUGACAUCACUGCUUUUAUAAUUCCAUUAAGUCAGCUCAAUAGUCCUAGCUGUUCAAUAAAUACUCAAAAUGGACACAUCCCUGAAAAAUUAGAAAAUGGAUAACUUGUAAUUUAGAGGAUGUAAUUAUAGUGGUUUCAGAAAGCUGUCUAAAACGCAAUGCAGAUUUUCUUUUAUACCAUGUAAGUUACAUGGUAGUUACAGGUAAUGAAGAUUUUAGAUGGUACAGCUAAUGUAGAGACAUAAAUAAAUUAUAUCUCUACAUUACAUGAAUAAAUUAUAUAUCUACCUAAUGGUUGUUUAUUUUAAACAUUAUUAAUUUACAGUAUUUCUUGCCAUUGGUAUAGUUAUGAUGUUAUUUCUGUUAAUGAUGUUAUGUCUUAUGAGAAAUCUAGAUAAU